AAGUUUACAUUUUGCAUAGUUCGGUAGAGUGAGUGAAGUUUGGGAAGAAAAGUUAUGGCAGCAGAGGCAGCACUUGGGGCAGUAUUUGGAGAGGUUUUUGCGGUGUUUCAUGAAUCAGUUAAGGAAGUGGGAAGCAAAGCCCUUAUGUUCAAACCCAUUCUCAAAAGCCUUGAAUCCCAGCUAGGUAGUUUGACGCCAUUGGUCGAGGAUAUAGGACGGUUAAGCGAACAACUUGAACCCCGAAAAGUGGAAACAGAGACCUUGAUCGAACAUAUGAAGAAAGGAGAGAAGCUGGUUCGCAAGUGCUCGAAAAUCCGGUGGUGGAACUACUGCUUAAAAGUCCGUUACUCCACCAAACUUCAAGAGUUGGACAAGGAGAUCCUCAAGUUCUGUCAGGUUAAUUUGCAAGUAUAUGGCAGAAGGAAUUCUUUGAUGGCUUUGUCAAGUAUGAAUCGUAUGCUGCAGAAAGUGGAUUCGGUCGUGGAGACACCAAGGGUGUCGUGCGCCGUUCCUGGACUCCGGGAUUUAACAGUUGGGUUGGAAAUGCCAAUAAUGGAGUUGAAGACUCUGCUGUUGAAGGAGGAAGUACAGCUGCUUCUAGUGACUGCCCCUGGAGGAUGUGGGAAGACCACGUUGGUCCAAAAGCUUUGUCAAGAUGACCAAAUUAAGGGCAUAUAUAAGGAAAAUAUUCUCUUUGUCAACGUUUCAAAAACUCCCAACGUGAAGGUCAUUGUACAAAACCUAUUUGAUUAUAAGCGUUUUCGGCCUGAGUUUCUAAUUCAAAGUGAUGAAGAUGCAAUCGAACAGCUACCGCAACUGCUGAAUCAUAUUGGACCUGAUCCUAUAUUGUUGAUCCUGGAUGACGUCUGGCUUGGAUCAAAAUCCCUUCCCGAAAAGUUUAAGUUUAAUAUUCCAAAAUACAAGAUUUUGGUUACUUCAAGAACAGCAUUUCCAAGAUUUGAAUUUACAUAUAACUUGAAACUGCUAAAUGAUGUAGAUGCAAAUGAUCUUUUUUGCCACUCAGCAUCCCUACAAGAUGGGAGCACUUACAUUCCAGCAGAAGAAGAUAUCAAAAAGAUAGUAAGAGGCUGUGGGGGGUUCCCUUUGGUCCUUAAAGUGAUUGGCGGCUCACUGUGUAGGCAAAAGGAGGAGGUAUGGCGCAGUAGACUAAUGAAAUGGUCUGAUGGUCGAUCUUUUGUUAGUUCUGAUGCUGAGCUGCUUGCUUGUCUUCAAAAAAGCCUAGAAUUUCAAAAUGACAUGGACAACAUCGAAGAUUGUUUCAUGGACCUAGGUUCAUUUCCUGAAGACCAAAGGAUCCCCGUUGCUGCCCUCAUUGAUAUGUGGGCAGAAUUAUAUGGGCUAGAUGAAGAUGGCAUCCAUGCCAUUGCCAAUUUGCGAGAACUCACCACUCGGAAUCUAGCUAGUCUUGUGAUGGCUAGGAAAGAUGCAAGUGAGGUCAAUAGCUAUUACAAUGAUGACUUUGUAACACAACAUGACAUUCUUAGAGAGCUUGCUAUGCAUCAGAGCAACCAGGAGCCUGAAGGACGAAGGCUAAGACUGAUUAUGAACAUAAGUGGAAACAAUCUACCAAAGUGGUGGAUGGAACAGGAACAACUCCUUAUCAAUGCACGAUUAUUAUCUAUCUCAACUGAUGAAUCAUUCUCAUGGAGUUGGUGCAACAUUCAAGCACCCAAAGUUGAGGUUUUAGUUCUGAAUUUUCAGACAAAGAAUUACACCUUACCUGAGUUUGUGGAGAAAAUGGAUGAACUCAAGGUUUUGAUAGUCACUAAUUGUGGUUUCUUUCAUGCCAAAAUAAGCAAUUUUCAACUGCUCGGGUCUCUACCCAAGUUUAGGAGAAUUAGAUUGGAGAAGGUUUCAAUUUCUUCCCUUUGCGAGACCCUUGUUACAUUGAAAAGUUUGAAGAAAAUAACCUUGUUCAUGUGUAAUAUUGGCAAGGCUUUUGAGAAUUGUACUAUUCAACUUUCAAAUGCUUUGCCAAAUCUAAUAGAGAUACGCAUUGACUAUUGCAAUGAUUUGCUGGAAUUGCCUGUUGGGCUGUGUGAUAUUGUCCUCCUAAAAAAACUCAGCAUCACCAAUUGUCAUAAGUUGUCUGCAUUACCUAAAGGAAUUGGAAAGCUAGUGAAUUUAGAAGUGCUAAGGUUUAGGUCUUGUACUGAUUUGUCAGAGUUGCCAGAGUCAAUGAGAAGCCUCCAUAAGUUAAGCAUUCUUGACAUAUCUGACUGCCUAAGCAUUAGCAAGUUGCCAAAACAUAUUGGUGAGUUGUGUAAUUUAAAAGUGCUCAACAUGAAAGGUUGCUUGAGAUUGCGUGAUCCGUUGCCAGAAUCAACUAUGGAGCUUAAGCAAUUAGAGCUUGUGGUAUGUGACGAAGAAAGGGCCAAGUUAUGGGAGCAUAUCAAGGAAUUCCUCACCAAGCUUAAAGUAGAGGUGGCUGAAAAAGAUAUCAACUUGAAUUGGCUUCCCAAAUAAUGCGUUAUGAGAAUUGUUCUUCUUGGAAAAUGUUUUAGGCUUGAGUAUAUUUAUUAUGUCAAAUGGAAAUAUGGAGAAUCACUAUCAAAGCCAUUGCCAAUACUAGCUGCUAGUCAAGAUGGUCUCAACGGAAGCAAUGAUUGUUCUUCACGAGAGAACCUGUGUACAUAUUGUCAAGAUGUUUGAGGAUGCAUACAAGUCACCACUGAGAAUCAUUAUUCUUAAUGGCAUUGAAAGGUUACUGGUGUAUGUUGCCAUUAGGCCUCAUUUUUCAAAUGUAAUCUAUCAGAAGCUAUUGAUCCUGCUCAAGCCCUGAAUGAUUUGGGUAGAGUGAGUGAAGUCUGGGAAGAAAAGUUAUGGCAGCAGGGGCAGCUCUUGGGGCAGUAUUUGGAGAGGUUUUUGCGGUGUUGCAUGACGCAGUUAAGGAAGUGGAAGCAAAGCCCUUAUGUUCA